UCUAAGGCUUUGAGCCGCUUACACAAAAUUGCUUAACAGUUAGUGAACAGUGCUCGAGUUGAUAACGCGGAGUGGUUGUUAUUUAUCGCAAAAGAAUGGUGGUUAUGGGGGAAACAAUCGUUCAAGAAGGCGGAGACAUCACAUACAAAGACAUGAUUGACGAGCCACUUUUAGAAGAAUCCCAGAUCCAGAAAAUGUUCACAGGAGCCUCGGUGUUUAUAACUGGUGGCACUGGAUUCCUAGGGAAACUCUUUAUUGACAAGUUACUCAGAUCUUCUCCUGGCCUUAAAAAGUUGUACGUUCUCGUCAGAGCCAAGAAAAACAAGGAGCCAAUAAAGAGAUUAGAAGAGCAAUUGAAUGAUGUUUUAUAUGACCGACUCCGGAAGGAACAGCCCAACUUUAUCAAAAAGAUUUACGUGGUUGAGGGAGAAGUGAACCAAGAAAAUUUAGGAAUAUCUGAAACGGACAGGCAGCUGCUUAUCAAUGAGGUCGAUUUCAUAUUCCACGGGGCUGCUACAGUUCGUUUCGACGAGCCCUUAAAUGUGGCUGUCGGAACCAACGUUCGAGGAUCCAGGGAAAUGCUGGUACUCGCCAGGUCUUGUACAAAGCUAAGAGCAUACGUACACAUCUCUACUGCCUAUAGCCACUGCACACAACUUAAUAUUGACGAAAAGUUCUACAAAAGCUCACUAGAUGGCGACAAACUCAUUGACUUGGUCGACAACAUGGAUGAGGCUAUUUUGAAAAACAUCACGCCUGGGUUGGUGGGAAAUUAUCCAAACACAUAUGCCUAUACUAAAGCAGCCGCCGAAGAUGUGGUUUUAAAACAUUCCAAGGGACUACCAGUUGCCUUGAUCAGACCUUCUAUUGUGAUCGCUACAGCAAGAGACCCUAUUGUAGGAUGGAUUGACAAUGUAUACGGACCUACUGGGGUGGUUGUUGGUGUAGCGGUUGGCCUUCUUCGAGUGUUACUGUGUAACCGUCAUGCAGUCGCCGACCUGGUACCAGGCGAUAUGGUUGUGAAUGCAUGUAUUGCUACAGCCUGGAAAACUGCCAAAGAUUAUCCAGGAAACCAUGAAGAUGCUCCACCUCUUGAUCAAGCUCCGCCUGUCUAUAAUUUUGUUUCUUCAGAAGAAAAUCCACUCACAUGGGAUAACUUCUUGCAUCUGAAUCGUCGUUACGGUUUUGAAGUACCCACUAUUCAAGCUGUAUGGCAUUACAUCUUACUGUUCACAACUUCUGAAUUCUUAUUCAACUUCUACUGUCUUGUACUGCAUUGGAUACCUGCUUACAUCAUUGACGGCAUUGCUGUACUUAUUGGGAAAAAACCUGUAUUGAAAGUUGCGUACCAGAAAAUAGAAAAAUUCUCACGCGUCAUCGGCUACUUUUCGUGUCGGUCUUGGAAGUUCUCCAAUCAAAACGUUCAGAGUUUAUAUAAAGAACUAAGCGACGCCGAUAAAGACAUUUACGAUUUUAACAUCGCGCAAUUAGACUGGAAGAUGUAUUUCUAUAAUCAAGUUCGUGGAAUAAGGUUGUAUUUGCUCAAGGAUCCUAUGGAGACGGUACCACAGGGCCUAAAACGGUAUUUUAAACUGAAAAUAGCUCAUUAUUUCAUUUUAGCGAUGUUAGGCUUUAUUGUAUUCAAAUUAUUAAGUUGGAUGGUUUGCAUGUUUUUAUAAUUGUAAUUUAUUGUACCUAAAUUGUAGUUGUAAUCUACAUCAUAUAUAAGAUAUAUUAUUACCAAUAUAUCGAAAAUGCCGUGUUCUGAGUCGUUAAAGUUGUCUGUAAGAGAUAAAGAAACCCGGAGAGUGAAGACUUGGGUGGACUAGUGGACUUGGAAACUUGACUUUUAUUAUCCGAAAAAAAAAAUAAUUAAAAAAAUUACAUAAAACUAUAAAGUUCAUGAUUAUUGUGGUGGUACCAAAUGCUCAAAUAUCGAAUUAUUGAAAUAUGCAAUAGGAUUUUAAGCUUUCUAUACAGAAGUUUAAAUCUUCGUUAAUCUUUCAUAAUCUCGUUAAAGGCACGAAUAACGACACUAGUCUCUAAUUUGCAAAAGUGGCAUCAAUCUUUGGUAUCUCGGCUACACUGUCGUAUUUGUACAGCUCAAUCCCAAAGUUGAUUGACUGUACAAAUACGACGAUGUACAGCGCGAGAGAACUACAUCGAGCUUGCAUUCAAAAUACAUAAUAAUAAUUUAUUGCAAGAACAUGGUACAAAAGUGUGUAAGCUGGUACAAUCGUAAGUUUGCAUAUUCUGCCACGCACAAUGGCGCGCAAAUUUGUCUUUAAAGGAAUUUUAAAUUUUACAUUAUUAGUCAUAUGAAUUGGUCAAUUCCUAUAUUAUUUGUAUCGUACAUAUCAUAUCAUAUGUUAUUGAAUUUAUAUCAACUACAGUGUAUUGAAUAAUACAUUUUUUUCCAAAUGUAAUACACGAUGGCGAUUUUUAUUGACUCUAAUCCGUAGUCACAUAUAACG